AAUGGUAUUUCUAAAGUAACUCUGAAUGAAUUUGAUUUUCCGCUUGUUUUUAUUUCUUGAGAGUCCAUGGAAACUACACAUCUUAUGAUAAAAGUACAAAACCCAUUUGCGACGAUGUUUUACGCACACGUAUCUAGGAAAGACGCACCUACUUUGUGAUUUUCCAGUUAUGCAACUUGUUUCAUCGUAUCAGUUUUCUAUCUCAAACCCAGAAGUAAUGCUGCAUUAUAUUUUCUUUGUAUAAUGUUAGCCUGUUCAUUGACGAUGAAGUGUUCAAAACUCUACGUCAUUCUGAUAUAUUUGAACAUUGUUUUGGUUCGCGGAAAUAUCCAUCAGAAAUGCUGUGGUGUCGGGGAACAAAUUGUAGAGAAGGAAUUUCGAUUCAUUUGUGAGAAGUUGAUAAACAGAAGACUGCAAGAUACUUUCGAAGACAGGGAAUUCCUGAAGAGGAAUGUUACGGGAACAUGCUUGGAAAUAUUUUCCGAGACGAAUAUUACGUUAUUUGGAGUAGAUGAAAUAACAAGAUCUAUUGAGAAACAGAAGGAAUAUGAAGGAUUUUUCUUCCCGAAAUGUUGCCCCUUGAAGAGCCACUACAACAAAACAACACACAGUUGCACUGAAGAAGUUGGCAACUUCUUUAACAUCUUGAAGGUCGAUUCUUUCGUUCAAGUGGGCCUUCCAGAAUGUGAGAUUAUUUCAGACCAAAUUUUCGAAUCGAUGGAGGCUGUGCAGUUGAUUGGCAAAGAGUUGUUGCUGAAGGAGGAUAAUACAACUCUUGAGGAUGGUUACUGCCUGGAUUCCACUUUAGAUGGAAAAUUAGUUGUGAGAAUAUGCGAAGCUGAUACUAGUAUUUGUAGUCAGAUUAGGUGCAUUAGUAAGUGCUGUCCAGAUGGACAGAGUUUUAUAAAUGGUUCAUUUUGCCGUGAUACAUUCACGCAUGGAGUGGAUCUUCAUUUUACCAAAGCGAUUCUUGAACCUGAUGAUCCAUUUAUUAUCAUCCAUAAUAAUUUCAAACCACUACAGCUGCUGUCAGAGCGCAAAUAUGAAAUCCAAUUGGACAAAUCUGGAGUUUUUUCAGCAAGAAAUCGAAACUCUUCCAGUCAGAGCAAAACAUAUAACCACAUUUAUUGUGUGGAACAUGCUUUCAAAGAGAUGAAUGGCACAAUGACAAUGAAUGCUUACCGUAUAUUUGUCAAACCGAAACAACCUCCUAUUCCCAAAAAGAUUCUCAUAACCCGAUAUAUUAAAAUUGUGUCUUGUAUAUUCCUCCUUUUAACGAUAGCCGUGUAUCUUUUAUUACCAAAAAUGAGGAAUUUGUUUGGGAAAAUGCUAUUGAACUACUGUGUGUCUACGUUUAUAUUUUUUGCAUCAUUAACACUUACUCAGUUUUACCAAUUACGUGAUAUAGGGUGUAAAUUUAUUGGUUUUCUUUCCUUCCUGUCUAGCUUUUGGAGUUUCACCUGGUUACACCUUAUGUGCAUAGAUAUUUGGUUCUCUUUUGGAACACCAAGGACUCUCUAUGGAACACUUCAAAAGGACGAAACGAAAAGAUUAUUGCAAUAUAGUGCAAUUGGCUGGGGAUUUCCCAUAUUAUGGGUUACAUUCAUUGCAUUAUUGAGUAUUACGAACAUAAUGCCUGAACUAAUGCAUCCUUAUAUUGGAGAAGGGAAAUGCUUUUUAGAAGAUUCUGAAAGAAGACCAGGAAACUAUUCUUACAUUUUGUAUCUCACUAUACCUCUGCUCAUACAACAAAUCUUCAACGUCUUAUUAUUCGUCAAAACUAUUCUUUAUUGUCUGAGAAUUAAAGCAGAAAUUGAAAGAAUGAAUGACUGUGAGAAAAGGACCAAAAUGAAUAGUUGCCAAGAAAGGUAUAAUCCCCACAUUCUUAUCUUCAACAGGUUGAGCUUGAUAAUGAAAUUGGCUAUAAUUAUGGGUGUGCUUUUCAUUUUUGAAACUGUAUCAUCAUUUGUUGAUUUCCGGAAAAACGUUUGCACGGAAUAUAUAGAAGUUGUAUGGGAUAGCAUCAACUGUUUUCAAGGUGUAUAUAUCUUCAUCAUUUUCAUUUGCAAGAAGAAAGUUUACUGCAACAUCUGUGAAAAGAUCACAAUUCUUAAAUCUGAAAUGUCUUCAGUAACUUCUAAUACUACGACACAAGUCAGUAUGCACAACAUAAGUGAAUCGAAGAAUACAUAAGGGUGAUCUCAGCUAAUUCGAAUGAUUAUAUAUUUUCAAAAUAAAGUACCUACCUCUUCAA